AUGAAGAAACCAUCAUCUUAUGUUUUAUGGUGCAAAGGUCAAUGGGCUGAGGUUAAAAAAGAGAACCCAGAUGCAGAAUUCAAAGAAGUUUCAAACAUUUUAGGAUCCAAAUGGAAGAAUGUAACUAAAGAAGAUAAAAAACUAUAUGAAGAGAAAAAAUCUGAUAGAGAAGCUUACUUGCAGAUUGUUGGCAAAGAAAAGCGCGAGAACGAGGCUAUGAAGCUACUCGAAGAGGAUCAGAAGCAGAAAACUGCAAUGGAAUUGCUUGAACAGUACUUGCAGUUCAAGCAAAAAGGUGCAGAAGGAGCGGGAUCAAUUGAAGCCGAAAAGGCCAUUGACAACAUUCAUAAGCAGGAAGCUUUACUGAUGCUUAAGAAGAAUGAGAAAACUGAAAACAUAAUCAAGUUAACAUCAAGGAGAAUACUAGGAGGUGGGAAUAUUGGAAAUGCUUGUGCUGCUCCCUUGGCCUGUUCUAUUGAUAUCCUGACAAGAUCGAAGAGGGCAAGUGAUGCGAGAAAGAGACAAGCUCUGAACCACACAAAUGGUAGUGAGAGCUUUGCAAGAAAGACAUUUGAAAGGAGGGUAAAAGGUCUAGCUAUCGAUCCAUUGACGAUGUUCAAUGAGACGCAUAAAGAUGAGCAUCAGAAGCUUCCUCCAGUAUGUGCAGAAUGGAAGGAGAUGAAUGACUUGCUUGAGAAGAAGCAAAGAGGGGAGAUUGACUGCUCGUCAAGCUCCUCUGCACUGGAUCCAAAUGAAGAUAGUGAAACAGAAGACGAAGUCGAUGAGGAAGAAACGGAGGAUGAAGAAGAAAAUAUGGAGGAUGGCCAGUAUAGGAAUGACGAGGAGUUGGAGCAGCAUGAUGAAGCAGAAGAAGAUGAGGAAUAA